UUCGCAAUUGAGGGAAAUGCCAGUUUAUUCUAUGUUGGUUUGCUUGUAGCGGGUGAUAUUUGGAAAGUGCACGUGUGGGCGCGGUUUCGAACGUUCGGUAACGCCAAGUGAGAACUUGUGAUCUGAUUGAUUGUUUGACAUCGGUGCUGCAUUGAAGUCAGGAGUCCAUUGACAAAGAAUCCGCAGUCGUUGGAGGGAGGAUGAGUUGCCCCAAAACGGAACCGCACGUAGUCAAGGAGGAGGUGCUAGCAACUGGAAAAUGGGUGAAGCUUGAACGAACUACGUAUGUGGAUCCUGCUGGCAAAACCAGGACAUGGGAGACUGCAAAGAGAACAACAAGACCCUCCAACACAGAUGCAGAUGGUGUUGGAAUCAUUGCCAUUCUGAAAAGAACCCUCCACAAAGACUGUGUUGUCAUGGUGAAACAAUUUCGUCCACCAAUGGGAUGUCAUACACUUGAGUUUCCUGCAGGUCUCAUAGAUAAUGACGAAACUGCAGAGAUCGCUGCUUUGAGGGAGCUGAAGGAGGAGACUGGUUACAAGGGGGAAGUGGUGGGAGUCACUCCAGUCACAUGUUUGGACCCUGGGCUUUCCAAUUGCACCACUCAGAUCGUCAUGGUGAACAUCAAUGGGGAUGAUGUGGAAAACCUCAACCCUACCCAACAAUUAGGUAAGACUACAUUCUUAGAGUCUCUCUCUCUCUCUCUCUCUCUCUCUCUCUCUCUCUCUCUCUCUCUCUCUCUCUCUCUCUCUCUCUUUUUCUCUCUCUCUUUCUUUCACUCUCUAUCCCUCUCUCACCUGUGAUUCCAAGUACAAGUAUUUAAAGAUGUACUAGCCUAGGCUGUGCAUUGUUUUGGUUUCAAAAAUGUUAUUAUUUUAGCUCAACAGCUAAUGAAAUGAUACCCCUCCAUUCUGUUCACCUGAAUGAAAGACGCCUGAUUACUAAACGCUCUGCUUCAACCCUCUCUGUCUGAACCGUUAUGUUAAUUCGCUGGGCUGUUUAUGGCUCAAACCACUUCCUAUUUACAGGGCCUGGACUCUGUUCAAACUCCGUUCUUUAGCCACUUAAUGGACAGCUGGAGGACUGUAAAGAACAAUUUGCUGGAUUUGAGAAAAGUUUAUUGAAUUAGAUUUGCAGAUUGCACUUCUAAAUAUUUCUGAGAGAGAGAGAGAAGUACAGAGAGAGAGGUCUGUUUACUUUAAGUCCAGUAUAUGAGUUUUCAUCCUGGAACUUUAUACAUGAAUGAUAUGCAUCUAUAACAUCUGUAAAAUGUUCUUUUUGGUUGUCUUUCAGGUGAAGGGGGUAAGUGUUUAUUUAUUCAUUUUUUUAAUCUGUACAAUUUCAUGAUUAUGUUAAAAACACAAUUUUAACUGACAUAUUUUUUUUGCGUAGAGUUUGUUGAAGUCAUGCUUCUUCCUCUUGAUGAAUUUCAAACGAAAAUCAAUGAGGUUAUAAAGAAGGGGAACAUUUCUGUGGACUCAAAGGUUUACAUUUAUGCCAUGGGAAUGUCUCAAGCCUUCUUCAAACCCAACGAGUUGCCUGUGCUCAAACAGUGAAGCCUGUGAUCUACCUCUUUUCCUGGCCCAUUCAACAAGCGUGGCAUUCCCAUACAGCUCUGGUACGGAAGAACUUGCCAGGCAAAACACUGCUGGAAAGAUGACGAGGAAAAAAAAAAUACUUGUUUGUUUGUGAAAUUAUGUUGAACUACUUGGAGUGCAAGUGGUGAAACCUUAAUUGCAUUUAACCACCUCCCCGUGCGUGGUUAUCCUGGCUGUCUAAAACAUUCCUAACAUUCUAACUAAAUGUAGCACUGUUCGUCAGUUUAUAACAUGAGAAGUAAUUACAUUAGAUACUGUAGUUGCCUCUGUGUGCCUUCCUGGAUGUCGAGCUGAUGUGGUGUAGAGACGGUUAUUUGUCACACACAGUGUGAAUACACUAUUGCCUUCAGUGUGGGCUGAAUGCACUAAAAAAAAAUCUAGAGUAAUCUUUGCUGCUCUGUAGCUGAGAGAACAGUAUGGCGAUGGUGCCGCUGUAUUAGAAGUCUUAACAAUUUAUUUUAUUAUGGACUAAUAAAAUAUGUUACUUUUGAGACA